UGCCAGCGCGCGGUGUUUUGGUGUGGAAACCCGCGAAUCUCCAGUGAGUGACAGCUGUAGGAAACAUCAGUAAAACAAAACGUAUAACUUUCACCAUUAUUUAUAGUAUAAAAGCCACAGUGUCACAGAUGCUCUCUUCCCUUUUGCUCUCAGCUCCCAGAAGUCCUGACCACUACCUUCUUCAUUACACCACACUUCUGAAAUACCCUGCUGCAGGCAAAGUGAAGACCUCCCACUUCUGAAGUCAGGCACAGUGGGGAGACAGGGGACCAACUGCAGGUGAUUUCAUUGCCACAUGGAGCCAAACGUCUACAAUGAAGCAUACUCUCCUGAGAUUGUGACUGAGGAAGAAAAUGCUGAUUGUAAACUGAGAUCAGAAGUAACUAAUGAGCCAGAGACUGGGAUAAUUUCAGUACAGCUUCUAGAAUUUAAGACAAGUCUUCUUGAGGCUGUGGAGGAAUUGCAUAUUCACAGGGAUGCUGAAAUACGGUAUGAGGCUCAAAUUUGUAAACUUGUGUUGGAGAAACAAGAGCUGGAGUGGCAAAAGGAGUCUCUUCAAAGGCAGGUUGAUAGAAUGACUAACGAACAUUCAGAAUCACUGGCUACUGUGAAAAAGCAGUUUCAGGCUCAGGUCAGAGGAAUUGAGGGAGACAAGGGGAAGCACCAGCUGAGUGCUGAACUGAAGGACAAAGAGAUCACCAGCCUGAAAGAAGAGCUGAAGUUGCUGCAGUUGUCCAAGUACAGUUUGGAGAAGAAAUUAAGCAAGCUGGAGCAAAAGUUGCAGCUGCAGACUCAAGCAAAGGACAGACAUUUGAAUCAGCUGGGAGAGGUGGAGAAGCGUUUCGGGGCCAUCUCAAAGCAAUGCACCUUGGUCAGGCAGGCCCACGAGAAACUGGAGCAGAACGUGGAGGAGGCAGUGCGGCUUAAUAAGAAGCUUGCGCUUAUUAACAGAAAACAAGAAUCUACAAUUUCUAUUCUAAAAAGGGACUUGGAGAGGCUAAACAGUGAGAUGGUAAAAUACAAAGUUGUGUCAAUCUGCAGAUCGGGAGAGGAAGAUUCACAUAUUCUUGUGAAAGAACAGCAAAUACAAGAGCUUACACAAAAGCUUCUUGUGGAGACAGAGGUAAAUAAGAAACUCAGAAAUGAAAAUGAUGUACAAACGGCAGAGAAGCAGAAGCUAAUGAGCUCCCUCCAGCAUGCUCAGUGGCUACUGCAAGUUCAGACCAAGGCUGUGUGCCGAACUGAGCAGCAACUCCUCACUCACACAGAAGAGUACAAGGUUCUUAAACGAGAACAUGAAAUGAUCCAAGAGAGGAGUAAAGAAAAAGAAGACAGGCUUAUGCGAGUGAUAGAAGACUACAAAAAUUCCAAACUCACUUUGGAAAAAGAGAUGCAGAUGCAGCUAGCGAAGACGCAGGCAGUUCAGGAGGAACUAAAGACUGUUAAAGAGGCAUAUGAUCAUCUCCAUGAGAAAUCCCAACAGUUACCUCCUUUAGAGGAUGACACAGAUGACAACUUAAACAUCGAAAAGAAUUCUCCUAGCAAUUUGAACUGUGACCUCCAAGUGAUCACAGCAGACAAUCUGAAUGAAAGGCUUGCCGAGUGUCAAGAAGCAGCAAAAGAAGACUGCUUUCAUGGAAAGAAUGGUGAAGCUAGCGUUUGUUCACGCACAAAUGGAACAAUUCUUGUUCUUCCACCUUCUCAAGGCCUUGGUGCUUUGGCUGCAGAUCAGUCAGAGAGCAUUGGUGGCGGUGAUGCACUUAUGACAAAUCUUCAGAUAGGACCAGUUGUCAAACAGGAAGCGAGUGUCAUUAAAACCGAACCAGUCCGAGGCACAUUUGAUAAUGGUCGCCCUUCGAGUGAAGUGCAAAGUUACACAGACAGCUGCCUCGCCAAGCUAUCAGAACUCGAAACCAGGUCUGUUUAUGGGGUAGCCAGUGACCCAUUGAUGUCGGAAUCAAGGGAUAGGCCAGAGGAGCAGAGUCUGGGUGUCUCUGAAAUGCGAGAGCGCCAGACAUCAGAUAAACACACAUCCGAGACAUCUCAGGACACUGACUUCAAAAAAGAUGAGCACUGGACCACCGCACCUGAGACAAACAGCUCUCAAAGUGUCUUACCAAAUGAUAGUGAACCAAUACUUCCAAACAUAAGUGAAACAAACCCAGCAAUACAAGAUAAAGAUACACUCAACAACAGUCAAAUAGAGCGUGAACACUUAGACGCAGCACAUUCAAGCUUACAACCAAACUCUCAAGAGAAAGCCAUCCCCCAGGUUGUCUUAAUGCCAGAUACAACCCCUAAAAAAUCCAAUGAUCAGAUCUCACAUCUGCAAGGAUACUCUUCAUCAAGGAAUAGGAGCCAAAUGCACCAGGAUUCCUUAGAAGAUACAGGCAAGAAUGUCGAGGGAACUGAGGAAAAAUCCAUCCCAGAAACUCAGGAAUUAAAUGCUAUCGCCAGCCAUUCUUAUUUAUUCUGUGAAAACACUAUGGACAUCAUUGUUCAUUCAUCAAAAGAUACAAGUGCGAAUCAACCAGAAAGCGCCACAUCUGCACAGAUGUCAAGUGACCCACAGAAUGCAGAUCCAGUCCCAAGUUCCCUGAUACCAAACUUGCCAAAAGAUGCAUUAAGCACUGAAAUCCUCAUAACACAAAGUGAACAUCUAAAUGAUGAAGAAAAACUAUUUUCUGACAGACCUUCCCACCAUGAUGACAGCAAGAGGACCAGAUCAUUGUUUGACCCAAGCACAUCUCAGCAAAAAACAGCAAACAAACCAUUGACAUACUCAGUCACAAGUGUUCCAGCUGUUCUUCCAGAUGAAAACAGACACAAAUACUCUGAUUCUGGACUGCCUUCUGGAUUCCAGGAGUUUCUCACCUCAUUAAAUUGCCCUUUAUUUUCCAAACAAAAAUUGAAAAACAGAGGUGCUUCAGUAAUUACCCAGCGUCCUGAUGAGUUAAAUGUUUCAAGCACUCAUCCAGACCAGAAGAGCAAUCACCAUGGGGAAUGGAAUGCGAUCAAGCAUACGUUUUCUGAAAUCUCAGUGAAGAAAGAAAACAGAGUUCCUAUCUCUUUUGGUUCAGCUCAGCUAGGCAGCCCAGCGGCUCGGUCCGUGGGUAAUGGGUUGAGACAUGACUGCACUCCUACUCCCCCUCCCAGACUCCACAGCUUGGGAAAAGUGUCUCGACCUGUGUCUGAGGAAAGUCCGCCCACAUCUCUAGAGAAGGACGACCUUCCUCAGUCUGACAUUAGGGCCCAGAUCGCAAAGAUCGAGCAGUAUCUCUCAUCUGAGGGGUUCAGGCCAGAGAAGAGACGGAGAAUAGAGAAAUGUGAGGUGUUGAAGCCUUAAGUGUAUCAUUUCAAGUUAAAUGUCUUAUUUAAUUAAAUAAAUAAUAAUUUCUAUUUGACUUUGUAACUUAAUUGUUUCUGUUGUUGCAUCUCUGAUUAAAAUAAAUUUGAAUUGUUUACAUAA